AUGACCCAGGAGACUGCCACCACCUCUUUUACUUCUAUUUCUAGUGUCGAGGAGACUGAUGAAAUAAAAAAACAUCGUUAUUUUUGGUGGAAAACUGGCAACAUUCACCCGAAGGCCAGGUGGGAGGAAGCUACCUUGCCAUACGUGCUAAAAACUGAUGUCACCUUAGACGAAUAUAUUAAACAAACAGAUAAGCAUAAUGUGCACGCUCUAUGGGAAUGGGAAAAUGGAACUGUUCGAGUUAUCGAACUUCCUUCGUCAUUUCACGAGGAUUGCAUUGGUACAAUUAUAACAGAAUUGGGUGUAGCUCUUCAAGCCGUGAGGACCACUCCUUCUGGCAUUAAAUUUUCUGGAGCGACGACAACAAAAACAUGUGGAGGUGGCAAGGAGGCAGAUGGGUCUCUUCGACCUGUAGGAAAACCUCAAGUGCCUGGAGGUGGAUCUGAUGGAAGGAAUAAACCCUGGCCAAAUCUUGUAAUAGAAGUUGCUUACUCUGAAACCGAGGCACAUCUUAAGGAUAAAAUAGAGAAUUACUGGCUCCUUCCUAAUAGAGUUCACGAUGCAAUUGCUAUUAAGCUAGAAUACACACAAGAUGAUACGGUUCCAUCGGUGAUGACAGCUUGGCAUUAUUGCAUAAAUAAUCGAACAGCUAUCGGAGCAUUAAACCCUGUAAUGUAUGAAUUUGGAACGAUUAACCGUCAAGGAAAUCCAAUCAAUAUUCUACCUGGACAAUGCGUUAUUAAUAUUCAGCUGGGAUGCAUUUACCAUGGAAUGCCAAACAACUUC